AUGAAAGAGCCCGAUUCAGACAAGGAACUUGGAACGAAUCUCGAAAGACACCAAGGAUCUGCUAGAGAGGAGGAGUGCAUUGAGCUGCGCGGAUCACACGCAGACAGGAGGAUUAUCGAGGUUUGCAGAGUACCGCCUACCGCUCGUCCUACCUUCGUCGACUAUGAGAAAGUGUUUGACAGCGUCGUGACUAAUACCAUACUGUCAGCGCUCUUCGACAAAGAAGUGGACCCAUCUUACGCGAGGACAUUGACUGUUACGAGAACUGCUCUACGACGGGAACCGACAAUGCAAGAACUGUUUGCUCCACGUAUCAAAGAGCGCGGUUCAAUAUCACCUGAUCAGGCGCUCGUACACAUGGUUAAGGUAAUGAUGGGCACAGGAAUGUUAUCGCUCCCUCUUGCUUUCAAACACUCCGGACUUUGGUUAGGCCUAGUUCUUCUGGCUGCUAUAUGUCUAAUAUGUAUAUUUUGCACACGACAACUCGUAUUCGCUCAACACUACAUCGGUUACAUAAAACUGCAACCACGUUUGGAUUACGCUAAUGUUAUGAGAUCAGCUGUAGAGCUAGGACCACCAUGGAUCAGAGAUCAUGGAUAUUUCUGGAAGUGGGUUGAAUAAGG